UCUAUAUCUCUCUCUCUUCACACAAUGCCUGUAAUCCCGUAAAAUAGUUUCUUUCUAAUUCUUUCUCUCUCUCUCUCUCUCUCUCUCUCCACCGCCAACAAAAAUUAAAGCUUUUCAACCAUGGUUUCUGCAGCUGUCAACACGGCUCGUAAUGUAGUUGGUAUUACUGAGAACAUCAUCUCUCUCUUCUUGUUCUUGUCACCAGUGCCAACAUUUGUGAAGAUAUGGAAGAAGGGUUCGGUGGAGCAGUACUCACCAAUUCCAUACCUGGCAACCCUGUUAAACUGCAUGGUCUGGGUUGUGUACGGGCUGCCUAUAGUGCACCCUAAGAGCACACUGGUAAUCACCAUUAACGGAACUGGGACGGUGAUCGAGAUCCUGUAUAUAAUUAUGUUCUUCAUCUACUCCGACAAGAAGAAGAGACUGAAGGUGAUAGCAGUUGUGAUUGUUGAGUUGAUCUUCAUCGCCGUCUUGGUUGUUCUGGUUCUCACUCUUCUCCAUACCACCAAGCAACGUUCUAUGGUGGUUGGGAUAAUUUGCAUUUGUUUCAACAUCAUGAUGUAUGCUUCACCUUUAUCUGUCAUGAAACUGGUUAUAACGACAAAGAGUGUGGAAUAUAUGCCAUUUUUCCUCUCACUGGCUUCUCUGGGCAAUGGUAUUGCUUGGACCACCUAUGCUUUUCUUCCUUUUGACCCUUUCAUAUGUGUUCCAAAUGGGCUUGGAACACUGUUUAGUGUGGCCCAAUUGCUACUCUAUGCAGCAUACUACAAAUCAACACAGAGGCUGAUAGCAGCAAGGAAAGCCAAGGGUGAGAUGGAUUUACAAGAGAUGAAGAUUGGUGGUAAUCGCAACGAAAUCAACGGUGCAUGAUAUAAUUUAGCAAGAUCUCCACCGUUGGAUGAUGGACUAUCGUGUUAUUUUACUGUUUGUUUUGUUUUGUUUUGAGUAAGUCAUAUAUACCCGGGUUGAAACUGGGACAGUGGGCUUUAUAAAAUGGUUUCCAA